AGCGCCGCGGCAGCAGCCUCCGCCCCCGGCACGGUGUGCACGCCCGCGGCCAAGGCGGCCCGAGUCCGAGCGGGUGCCGAGCUGGUCCCGAGCGAGCCCCGGCGGCCACCGCCUCGCAGACCGGACGACAGGCCACCUCCGCGUCCACCCGAGUCUCGCCUCGCCACGCACGGCCGUCCGACUCGCUCGCGACUCACUGCGGAGACCCGGAGCCGGAGCAGAGGGGCAGCGAUGCGACCCUCCGGGACCGCGGGAGCCGCGCUCCUGCUGCUGCUGGCUGCGCACUUCCAGGCGAGUCCGGCGCUGGAGGAGAAGAAAGUUUGCCAAGGCACAAGUAACCGGCUCACCCAGUUGGGCACUUUUGAGGACCACUUUCUCAGCCUGCAGAGGAUGUUUAAUAACUGUGAGGUGGUCCUUGGGAAUUUGGAAAUCACCUACAUGCAAAGGAAUUAUGACCUUUCCUUCUUAAAAACCAUCCAAGAGGUUGCCGGCUAUGUACUCAUUGCCCUCAACACAGUGGAGAAGAUUCCUUUGGAAAACCUGCAGAUCAUCCGAGGAAAUGUGCUCUAUGAAAACACCCAUGCCUUAUCCGUCUUAUCCAACUAUGGCACAAAUAAAACCGGACUGCGGGAGCUGCCCAUGAGAAACUUACAUGAAAUCCUGCAAGGCGCUGUGCGGUUCAGCAACAACCCUGUCCUCUGCAACGUGGAAACCAUCCAGUGGCGGGAUAUCGUUGACAACGAUUUCAUAAGCAACAUGUCGAUGGACUUCCAGAACCACGUGGGCAACUGCCAAAAGUGUGAUCCAGGAUGUCCCAAUGGAAGCUGCUGGGGUCCGGGAAAGGAGAAUUGCCAGAAAUUGACCAAAAUCAUCUGCGCCCAGCAGUGUUCCGGGCGCUGCCGCGGCAGGUCCCCCAGCGACUGCUGCCAUAACCAGUGUGCUGCCGGCUGCACGGGGCCCCGAGAGAGCGACUGCCUGGUCUGCCGCAAGUUCCGGGAUGAAGCCACGUGCAAGGACACCUGCCCGCCACUCAUGCUCUACAACCCCACCACCUACCAGAUGGAUGUCAACCCAGAGGGAAAAUACAGCUUUGGUGCCACCUGUGUGAAGAAAUGCCCCCGUAACUAUGUGGUGACAGACCACGGUUCGUGUGUCCGUGCCUGCAGUUCUGAUAGCUAUGAAGUGGAGGAAGAUGGCGUCCGCAAGUGUAAAAAGUGUGAAGGGCCUUGCCGUAAAGUUUGUAAUGGAAUAGGAAUUGGUGAAUUUAAAGACACACUUUCCAUCAAUGCUACAAAUAUUAAACACUUCAAAAAUUGCACCUCGAUCAGUGGAGAUCUUCAUAUCCUGCCAGUAGCAUUUAGAGGUGACUCCUUCACGCAUACUCCACCUCUAGAUCCAAAGGAACUGGAUAUUCUAAAAACUGUAAAGGAAAUUACAGGGUUUUUGCUGAUUCAGGCCUGGCCUGAAAACAGGACUGACCUCCAUGCUUUCGAGAACCUAGAAAUCAUACGUGGAAGAACAAAGCAACAUGGUCAGUUUUCUCUUGCGGUUGUCGGCCUGGACAUAACGUCCUUGGGAUUACGCUCCCUCAAGGAGAUAAGUGAUGGAGAUGUGAUCGUUUCAGGAAACCAAAAAUUGUGCUAUGCAAAUACAAUAAACUGGAAAAAACUGUUUGGGACUUCAAGUCAGAAAACCAAAAUUAUAAACAACAAAGAUGAAAAAGGCUGCAAGGCCAUAGGCCAUGUCUGUCAUCCGUUAUGCUCAUCAGAGGGAUGCUGGGGCCCGGAGCCAAAAGACUGCGUGUCCUGCCAAAACGUCACCCGUGGCAAGGAAUGUGUGGAGAAGUGCAAUGUUCUGGAGGGGGAGCCAAGGGAGUUUGUGGAGAAUUCCGAGUGCAUACAGUGCCAUCCAGAAUGCCUGCCCCAGGCCAUGAAUAUCACCUGCACAGGACGAGGACCAGACAGCUGCGUGCAGUGUGCACACUACAUUGACGGCCCUCACUGCGUCAAGACCUGCCCGGCUGGCAUCAUGGGAGAAAACAACACCCUGGUCUGGAAGUUUGCAGACGCCAAUCGCAUGUGUCACCUGUGCCAUUCAAACUGUACCUACGGCUGUUCUGGGCCAGGUCUUGAAGGCUGUGCAACAGAUGGGCCCAAGAUCCCAUCCAUCGCCACUGGGAUUGUUGGGGGCCUCCUCUUGGUGGUGGUGGUGGCCCUUGGGGUGGGCCUCUUUCUGCGCCGACGCCACAUCGUCCGCAAGCGCACACUUCGCAGACUGCUGCAGGAAAGAGAGCUUGUUGAGCCUCUUACUCCCAGCGGAGAAGCUCCCAACCAAGCUCUCUUGAGGAUCUUAAAGGAAACAGAAUUCAAAAAGAUCAAGGUGCUGGGCUCUGGAGCAUUUGGCACAGUGUACAAGGGACUCUGGAUCCCAGAAGGUGAGAAGGUUAAAAUUCCCGUGGCCAUCAAGGAGUUACGAGAAGCCACAUCUCCAAAAGCCAACAAGGAAAUCCUUGAUGAAGCUUACGUGAUGGCCAGUGUGGACAAUCCCCACGUGUGCCGCCUCCUGGGCAUCUGCCUGACGUCCACGGUCCAGCUCAUCACACAGCUCAUGCCGUUCGGCUGCCUCCUGGACUAUGUCCGCGAGCACAAGGACAACAUUGGCUCCCAAUACCUGCUCAACUGGUGUGUGCAGAUUGCGAAGGGCAUGAACUACCUGGAAGACCGGCGCUUGGUGCACCGUGACCUGGCAGCCAGGAAUGUCCUGGUGAAGACGCCACAGCAUGUCAAGAUCACAGAUUUUGGGCUGGCCAAACUGCUUGGCGCCGAGGAGAAAGAAUACCAUGCGGAAGGAGGCAAAGUGCCUAUCAAGUGGAUGGCUUUGGAAUCAAUUUUACACCGAAUUUACACCCACCAAAGUGACGUCUGGAGCUAUGGAGUCACCGUUUGGGAGUUGAUGACCUUUGGGUCUAAACCUUACGACGGAAUCCCCGCAAGUGAGAUCUCGACCAUCCUGGAGAAAGGAGAGCGCCUCCCGCAGCCACCCAUAUGCACCAUCGAUGUCUACAUGAUCAUGGUCAAGUGCUGGAUGAUAGAUGCAGACAGUCGCCCGAAAUUCCGUGAGUUGAUCAUUGAAUUCUCCAAAAUGGCCCGAGACCCCCAGCGCUACCUUGUCAUCCAGGGAGAUGAGAGAAUGCAUCUGCCAAGCCCUACAGACUCCAAUUUUUACCGCGCCCUGAUGGACGAAGAAGACAUGGAAGACGUCGUAGAUGCCGAUGAGUACCUCAUCCCCCAGCAAGGCUUCUUCCACAGCCCCUCCACAUCCCGGACCCCCCUCCUGAGUUCUCUGAGUGCCACCAGCAACAAUUCCACCGUGACUUGCAUCGAUAGAAAUGGGAGCUGCCCCCUCAAGGAAGACAGCUUCUUGCAGCGGUACAGCUCAGACCCCACUGGCACCUUGACUGAGGACAACAUGGAUGACACUUUCCUCCCGGCACCUGAAUACAUAAACCAGGCUGUUCCCAAAAGGCCUGCGGGUUCCGUCCAGAACCCCGUCUAUCACAAUCAGCCUCUAAAUCCAGCUCCUGUCAGAGACCCUCACUACCAAAAUCCCCACAGCAAUGCAGUGGACAACCCUGAGUAUCUCAACACCCACCCCACUUGCGUCAACAGUGUGCUCGAUGGCCCCACCCUCUGGGCCCAGAAAGGCAACCACCAGAUUAGCCUGGACAACCCUGACUACCAGCAGGACUUCUUUCCCAAGGAAGCCAAGUCAAAUGGCAUCUUUAAGGGUCCUGCAGCUGAAAAUGCAGACUACCUAAGGGUAGCACCGCCCAGCAGUGAAUUUAUUGGAGCAUGACCAUGGAGGAUAGUGUUGGCCGUCACAAUCUCCAACGUUUCAGUCCCUGGGUCAAGCCACGGCAGCUACUCAGUGCUGAUAGUCAUGCCCAUGUUAACUCUUGGACCCGUGACUGGUUCAGCCAUAUUUGCUCCGAUGGGACCCAUCUUUCGUGCAGGAAGUUCCCCCUACUUGGAUGCACUUUGGGGAAGUUUCUGGGACAUUCCUUUGUCUUCGAACUGUGAGGCCUCCACAAAAAAGGCAUCCAGCAAGAAUAUUGUCUGUUUGGGCAGAAGUUCACCUUGCCAUGAGGUAUAUCUGAUGAAACAAACUGUGUAAGGAGUUUUAUUGCUUGGGGGCCCUUGGGGUUUUUAAUUGUCAUUGUUGAUUUUGUUUAUAAUGGGCUUUUCCAAUGAGGAAGAAGCUUGCUUGUAGCACUUGCUGCACUAGGUUGAUCCAGGCCCAACUGUGACCAAGAAGCAAGGGUCAGCGUCUUCCAGCUAACAUUUGAUUCCACUGACUCUGCUUCAUGAUUCUUCCAUUGCAAGACAAAACUAGAAGUGCUCUAUGUCCUGAGCGGGACUUAUUGGUACUGUAUCAAGUCAUACCAGGUACGAGAGGAUAAAGCCACUUUGAACCCUUCCUGACUGAAGAAGAAACAGAGGGGGGGGGAACUCUUCUUCAGACUUCUUUUUAUACAGGUUUCCUCAUGGUACUUACUCUCCAUUGGUUGUCCAGUGUUUUCUAGUUAUAAGUAUUAGACUUACUUGUUUAUUUUCCAUUCCACUGAAACUCAGUAUGCUUUCCCUGUCAGUAGGAGGAGACGGUACAUCAAACCAUAACCAGCAUCGGCUCGUAUUUAGACCAAUAGCCUUUAAUCAAGAUGGAACAAUAAUGCAAAAGUUCACACAAGAACAUGUCUCUCAAAUUUGAGUCUCAAAGGAAAUACAUCAAGUCCCUUAGGGGUCAAGGAGUGGCCAUAUAUCGGGACACUGCUGAGGUACAGCCGCUCCUAAAACACUUUCAGCCUCCCACCACCAAAUUAGGCUACUUAUGGGAGAUAAUUUUCUUUUUAUGUCACUUUAGAAGAUUUUUACUCAAAGGGUACUUUUUUCCUUUCUGAUGAGCUGCCCCAAAGCGCCCGCCUCGCUCUUCGGGAAUGAAGGGAUCCAGGCUCUGAGGCCCCUGUGCGGGAACGCAUAGCCCUCGCCGCUGGGGGGCGCAUUAUACAGGUGGAUAUAAGACAACAUUAUAUAUAGGGGAAGAAAGUGGUAAAUAUGAAAUCAGAGUUUGAAAUUGAUGACAAUGCCUUAACGACAUCUACGGGUAUUUUAGAAAAAAAAUCCCUCUUAAAACAAUUUCCCAGUUAUUGGAAAAUCCAGAUAAUUUAGGACGCUAAGUGUUUUUCCAACCUGUGUUUCCCUGUAACCCAAUCGGUUCACGGCAGUGCUUUGUAUACAGUGUUUUAAACACUCUUAGUCAACAUCCAGCUUAUCAAGGGAAGAAUGUUGCAGACAGUAUUUCCAGCCUACAGAUGUGUUCAGCCACACACACACGCACACACACACAAUUGUCCUUUUGCUAUUAAAUUAUUGACUGUCAGGUCAGGGCCGCACAGCUUUGUUACCAAAAUAUUGAUCUUGUCCCAAUGUUAUUCAAUACUCUUAAGCAACUAUCCCAGCCCAGCAUAAGCACUAAUGAUAGAAAAAUAAAUAAAACAUAAUCCCGAUUCCAAGAAAUUCACAAUUUGGCCGAGGGAAUUGACUCCUAAAGGCCAACCUUAAAGCAACAUGAUGGGAUGGUAGGCAAGACAGGUCUGCCGAGCACGGACAGCACAGAACAGGGAAUAGUGGAUGGGCCCUGCCUGGGGGGACCUGGAAUGCUCUUCGGGGAGGGAGUGGUGGAGUUGGGUCAAAACAGGACCAGGGUCUUAGCCACAAGGGAAAUGGGACGUGUGUUCCAAGCAGAGGAAAACUUGACCAAGAAAGCAUCCGCCAGAGGAACCACUAAUGAAAGUGGGAGAAAAGCCUACCUUAGGUGGUCUUUACAAACUGUCCCUUUAAGCCUGGGAACUAGCCUGUAACAUUUCCCAAGUGCCCUACAUGUGGGUCCUUAUGGGGAUUUGAAAAUGAUGAGCAAAAAGAUUAAACAUCGUUCUAAGAAUCUAACACUUUAUGCCAUUGUCAGUAAAGCACUUCUGUUAUUUAUUCACCUCAGAACAUAAAUAUUUUGAUAAGUUUCUCCAGCCCCAGGAAACAGAAUGAUGCACAUUUUUGUCACCACUUAUUUUUCAAGAAGCAAGGGACUAGUGAGGGAGAGCAACUGAAUGUGAGUUCAACUGUAGCAGUUAAAUCCUAGUAUUUUUGUAAUUUGCAAUAUUUUACUAUAACAUAAUAAAACGGCAAAAACUAUUCAAGCUUUUUCUUUUUUGUAUUUCAGCUUUCCUGCAUAAAAUCUGGUUGCUAAAUUCUCUUAAUUGUAGGACUGUGUUUCCCAAAAUGUCCUCACAAUGGCUAUCCAGGGAGGUGCAGAGGGGGCUUGUAGAUGCUUCAGAACCUGAGAAUGCAGAGCCCGAGUCAAGAGCCCCAGCUGUCACUGUGGGCAGAUGAGGAGAGGGCUCCCCGCAGCACCAGUAUUUCCAUUUCAUGGCCCUGAUUGGCCAGGGUUCAAAGCUUCUACUCUGUCUCUUCAGUUCCUCCUUGUUGACACUGGGUUCAAAGACCCUGGAAAGAGCCUGUUCCUUCUCAAUCAGUUCCUGGAAACGUUCCCCUUGACCCCACCUUAGAUUUGGUCUUUGGAAACAGUUCAGGGAAAAGUAGUUGUAAGUGAAUGCUUACAAUGGGCCAGCGUCCUCACACGUCUCGUAUAAACUUUAAGGAGUCCCUGCCGUCAUACUCUAUGAAACACACUUUUGUCACCUCACAAAGUAAAAAAGAUGAAUCUUCCAAAUUCUAGAUUUGCUGAGUGCCAGUUGUCACUGGUUUUAUAACCAGGAGCAUUGUGGAGGCACCAUAUUGCGUUCCAGUUGAUAACAAGGCUUAGGUAUUUGUUGAAAGUGCUUAAUCUGAAGGAUUCUGACUUAGUUUGGCUCAGGUGCAGCCUGGGCCCAUGGGCUUUUCAGAGCUUCCCCAGCUUAUUCUGAUGAGCACCAAAGUUUGGGGAAACACUGGUAUAAAGGAAAGGCCUAUGGGGAGGCCCGUCCCUCAGCUGGAGGCAUCCCGCUGGCCUGUUGCACACUCUCCAGGCCUCAGGUUACACAAGCAGGGGUCAAGUUGCUGAGUUAUGGUGACCCACAGAUCUCACCCUUGCUGCCAAACAGAAUCACCUGGUGAGCUUAAAAAGCAGGGGCAGAGUCCCUGCAGACCAAUGAAGGGGACUCUCAGGGCUCCCCACGUGAUCCUAAUGGGCAGAGUUAAACCCUCACCUCUAAGGUGAUCUGUAAGGUCGUCUAUACCAUGCCCCCAAGUCAGGGCCGAAUAGAAAAGCCUGAGUCAGGUAAAGGAAGGUGGUGGAGUCCUUAAUAUUCCUGAGACUUGCCCACUCGUGACCGUUCCAAAGCCACUAAUUCUUCGUCACCGGCAGCUUACCCUGAAAGUGGCAAAUACCCAAACCUGAGCCUCCGGAAAGCCCCGGAACAGUUUGCGUUUUCUAAGAAGUUAGAAAAAUCGUCUCUCUCACAGUGAGGCGCUCACCGCGUGACAGCUGGUGGAAUUGCCCUCAACGUCUACUUUGCAUUUCUCUUUUGAUAAGUGAACGUUUUUAUUACAACGUAUCAAUCUGUUUAUAUUUCCUUGCCCACGGGCUGUAAAACCUUACUGAAAAGAAAUCCCUGCCUCUAUUACCAGCCACACCUGCCGUAUCAGGGGCAUACAUUUUUGUACUAUGAAAGACACACUCACAUAGGGUUUGUAAAUGUUAAUCUAUUUUUGUAACUUUUUUUUGAAGAAUAGUAGCCUCUCUUGUAGCACUGAACUUUGUAAGGUAUGUUUUUAGAAAAACUCAUUUUUCUACUAAAAGACUGAAAUAGAAUCAAAAGUCGAAACUGAAAUCUUUGAAGGGAUUUAAUUAAAGCAAUGGAACGCUCCUCUUUCUCGUAAAAAGGCACAGCCUCGUCUCAGAGCUAAGCUAGGUCAUUGUCCUGAUAAAGAGGAAUCGUGCCUUUAUAUUUAUAAAAUGAGAAAAGGUAAAAAGCACAUAUGGUUUAGUCUUCCACUAAAGCAGGCUCUCUCCAUGUUAGAGAAAAAGAAUGACUUUGUUAUUGCUAACACGGAUCCAACUGCAUGCUAUGCUGUACUCAACUGCCAGCAUGAUCCUGUCGAUGUAAAAAAAAAAAAAAAAAAGCAAUAAUAUAGCACUUUGUUGGUUUAUAUACACUAAUCUGACUUUGAUACAAAUUAUUUUUAUUUUUAUAUUUAUAGCUGAUAUGCAUUUACCAAUAGACUAAACAGAUCUGCAGAACCCUAAUAAUGUUCAGCAUGUUUUGGUUACUCAGUACACUGAAGUCCAUGUUUCCCAAGCUGCCUCAUGACCUCACCUUCCCAUUCCCGAAAAAGUGUUUUCAGCCCCUGGCUGCACAGUGAAAUCCCUUGGGGAGCUUUUGAAACUAGUGAGGUCCAGCUGCACCCCAGACCAAUUCAAUAAAAUCUUUAUGGGUGAAAUCCAGGCAUCCGUGCCUUUGAAAGCUCCUAAUGGUCGUUCUGAUGGACAGCCAAGGUUGAGAACCACCAACCUAGGUGCCUGGACAACUUAACACUUCAAGGACCUCAGUGCCAGUUGUUUCGGGGGAGGACAGGUUCCAUGACAAGCUGCCCAAGCACUAGAAGGGAGAGGUUUAACCAGCUGAUUGAAAAGGGAAGGAAAUGUGGAACAGAUAGGUUUUUCCAUUCCCCCUAUUAAAGGUGGACUGGUGGUAUAAUAAAGGUAGAGAGCAUUCUCACUGCUGGUCCAACCAACAUGGCACCCAUCAUAAGCAGGUAACUUUUGUUUGCCCGGCUAAAAUAAAACAUUGACAUAUAUGUUACAUUAUAAAGGGGAGACAUUAAGAAGAUUGUGUAAGUAGCUGGAUGGCUUUUACAAAACAAUAGUCCAAGAAAAGGAUUCUUGCUUUAAGAAACACUUUUAUAUAUUUUCCAUAAAUUGCAUCUGGGGAAAAAAAACCUAAAGCAAUUAGGAUUUUCUCUUCCACGGUUAAAACUUUACAGCCACGUUACGCCCUCCGAGGUCACAGGUCUGUCCUGUCUAAAUUGCCCACAAAAGUUCUUACUAUGCAUCCCCACCCUAUCACCUAGCAGACGAAACUUCAAGGAAAAGCAUACUUUUUUUUUUCCUUAGGUGCAUUUGUUAUUUUUAAACCCUUUGACCUGAUUUGGUUACAAAACAAUCUUAUACUGUAACACCAUGUCUUGGAAAUGAAGAGAUCCUAUAGAUCUGAUGCCUGAUAAUCAGUGUGACCAUGUCCAGUUAACAACAGACAGCAAUACCUUCAUUUCUAAAACAAGCAAGCAAUAGCUUUAUAGCUUCUAUAUAUGGUACGUCUUAACAAUGUAAAAUUUUGCUGUGAUGAAAGCAAUAUGUGUACAAAUGAAAAGCAAGAUUCUCUUUUAUAUGGUUUACACUGUUGAUCAGAACAUGUUGAUUGUAUAUUGCGUAUUAAAAAAUUAGAUGUAUAUUAUUCAUUGGUCUUUUCUUAUAAGUACCUUAUAAAUAAUAAUAUUGUAUCCUUCGUUAGCGAUGCAGUGUUGACAGUAGUUAUUAAUCAUAUCUGACCUACUGUAGAUGUUCUUUCCCGAUAACUUUUUUAAAUUAAUUAAUAAACUUUAUUUUUAGAGCA